AUGUCUGCGGCUUUGGAUAUGACGCUCGACGAUAUUAUUAAGAACAACAAAAAGUCGGCCUCCACUAACACCAGGGGCCGAGGCCGAGCUUCGGGACCCGGACCUGCUCGCCGUCUCCCCAACCGUGCCGCUAAUCGCCCCGCGCCUUACGCUGCCGCCAAGGCGCCGGAGACUGCGUGGCAGCACGAUAUGUAUGCCGAUCAGCCUGUUGCAGCGGCUUUUCAAGGUCAAGGUGGUCGUGCGUCUUCCAUCGAAACAGGGACGAAGCUCUACAUAUCUAAUUUGGAUUAUGGUGUUUCCAAUGAUGAUAUUAAGGAGUUGUUUCUUGAAGUUGGUGACUUGAAACGGCAUACUGUUCACUAUGACAGGAGUGGAAGAUCGAAGGGUACGGCAGAAGUGGUCUUCUCGCGAAGAGCUGAUGCAGUAGCUGCAGUGAAGAGGUACCACAAUGUUCAGCUGGAUGGGAAGCCAAUGAAGGUAGAGAUUGUGGGGACAAACAUUGCGACACAUGCUGCUGUGCCCACUGUGAAUGGAACUUUUGGAAAUUCUAGUGGACCUCCUAGAAGUGGACAAGGGAGAAGUGGACCACUAGGAAGGCUGCGUGGCACGGCUAGAGGGCGAGGCGGCAAUCGAAGGGGCCGAGGACGUGGUAGAGGUCGUGAUGAAAAAGUAUCUGCUGAAGAUCUCGAUGCUGAGUUGGAGAAGUAUCAUGCUGAGGCUAUGCAAUUGAACUGA